UAUAAGGCAGGAUAUACCCUUCUUGGUCUAAUAUGGCUUGGUCUUUUAACAUACACAACAUCAACACCUUUAUCACCCGCACCGAACCAACAUUUAGAUAUUACUCCUAGAGAUCCGCGUAAAAGAUACAAAAAGCAUAGACCAUUUAAGAAUUUUUAUAAAAAUGAUUCACAACCCGUGGACACAUCCUCCCCCUCUACAAUAAACAUUCCUAAAUCUAAUCCCACUGAUUUAUCAAUCCAUCCUACUGGCGCAUCAUCUGGUACUAAACCAACUGGCACAUCAUCAUCAACGGGUACUUUAUCCGCACUACCUAAAAGUACAAAUCGACCAGCUAACCUAGCUUCAGUAGGUACUCUUUCUCCCGGUAUUUUCCAACCCUUUUUACCGCUUGAAAAAACAAAUGGGCCAGUAACUCGAAAAUAUACAUUUACAUGUAAAAGAACUCAAUUGGCUCCCGAUGGUUUUUCUCGUGUUGUGUGGGCUGUAAAUGGACAGUAUCCUGGUCCAAUUAUUCGUGCAAACAAAGGUGACAAAAUGGAAGUAACAGUGAUUAAUGAACUUGAAGAUCCAACAGCCAUUCAUAUGCAUGGAAUCUUUAUGAGAAAUUCUACAUGGUUCGAUGGUGUUCCUGGACUGUCUCAAUGUCCUCAGAUAAGCGGAACAAAGUUUACAUAUAGUUUCGAUGUUGACCAAUACGGAACUUAUUGGUAUCAUUCUCAUUUUGUGGCUCAAUAUGUUGAUGGAAUGAAGGGUCCAAUCAUCAUUCAUGAUCCGGAUGAUCCAUAUCUAAAAUCAUAUGAUUACGAAUAUGUGAUGACUGUAAGUGAUUGGUAUCAUGAUCCAACCGGAAAUUUCAUGCCCACUUUUCGUAGUGUCAAGUAUCGAGGCGCUGAUCCUGUUCCUGAUUCUGGAGAAAUAAGUGGUGUAGGGCGUUAUGAUUGUAGCAAAGCUCCAGGAGGUUCAUCAUGUAAAGAUAAUGGAUAUGCUAUAUACAAGGUCCAACGAGGCAAAAAAUAUAGAUUUAGGAUAAUCAACACUAGUGCCAUGGCUCAUUUCACCGUUUCUAUUGACAAUCACCCGAUGACAAUUAUUGAAGUCGAAGGAACAAAUGUCAAAGAACAUACUGUUGAAUAUCUUCCGAUUAACAUUGCUGAACGUUACUCCGUAAUCAUUAAUUGCAAUCAGACAGUUGGCAAUUUUUGGAUCAAAGCAAUUAUGGCCCGGUGUAGCAUUCCCUACAGACCGGGAGAUCCUGGAACAAUCAACUCUAAUUCUGCCAUAAAUUACACCGUCUUAGGCAUCCUUCGUUAUGAGGGUGCCCCUGAAACCAAUCCACAAUCUACUGGGUUCAGUAUUCCUCCGCCAAACUGUUAUGAUCAAGAUCCAAAUACUUUGAAACCGUAUAAACCUGAACCGCCUCCAUCAGGUGAUGUUGAUACUAUUGGGUUCACGGUCAAUGUUGGUCUUUUACCGGUCACCGGCCUUUUAGCUGCGACGGUUAAUGGGAAAGCAUUCGUACCGGAUUUCUCUUAUCCAACGGUAAAAAGACUUAGAGAUGGCAUGGAUCCUAGCAGAUUCCUUGAUACGGAUAAUGCAUAUGGAUUUAAUAUCUCUAGUGGUUCACCAGUUGAAAUUUUGAUAAGAAAUGUUGAAAAUAGAACUCAUCCUUUCCACUUGCAUGGACAUGCGUUCUGGGUCGUUUGUACAGGCGAACCUGGAUCUAAUACUGGAGACCGAUCAAGUUUAAAUUGCAAUUAUGAUGAUCCUCCCCUGCGUGAUAUAGUAACUGUCAAACCAAGAAGUUUGACAGCAAUUAGGUAUAUAGCAGACAAUCCAGGAGUCUGGGCUUUCCAUUGUCAUAUUGAAUGGCACGUCGAAAUGGGAAUGGUUGCUCAACUAAUAGAAUCACCCGACUUACUUGGACAACAACUCCGUAACAUGCCCGAAGAAGUCUCGCAUCUUUGCGACCAAUUUGACAACACGAAUGGACUAUCUCAUGACCCUUCUAUGGAAAAUGAA